AUGACAGAAAACGCGCACACAGUGGAAAAUGAAACUAUUGGAAGUGAUAAAUCAAGAGCGAGCACUAUCACUAGUGUGGAUGAAUUAGUCGUAUCGAGUGAACCAGAUACACGAGAUGUUCCGUGUUUAACGUUUAGAUUUUGGUGUAUAGGAUUAUUAUUUUCAAUUGGUAUACCGUUUGUAAAUCAGUUUUUUUUCUAUCGUACACAUCCGCUACGUAUGAAAUCAAUGUUAGCUUUACUUCUAUCAUAUCCGCUCGGUCUGUUGAUGGCUCGUAUAUUACCAAAAAAAUCUAUUUCAUUCGGUCGUGGCUUGACAGUUUCCUUGAAUCCGGGACCCUUUAACAUAGUGGAACAUAUGUUAAUUGUUUCAAUGACAAGUACAGCUAUACGUCAAUCGUAUUCAAUCGCCAUAUUAACUGUUAUAAAACUAUUCUACAAAAAAUCAUUAAAUUAUGGCAUUGCUGUGUUGUUUACGAUUAUACCGCAAGUGCUAGGCUACGGAAUUGCAGGUACGAUCAAGUGCAGAGCAAGGCUCCACUUGACAUUUUGUGAAACUUCUCCUCUGAAAGAGCAGCAUAUUCUGGCUUUAGUGCCUUGA